AGCAGAUGACAAUAAGAUCAUCUCUGGAUGCAGCAUAAAAAGGUUGGGAGACACUUGCGAGGACACUGGAGACCUACAACUAAACCUAUCCUCAUGGAAGAGUGAGCCAUAACCAAUUUGAUGAAAGGACUGUAAAUACUGGAGAAUAUACAAAGAAGAAAAUAAAAGAUCACCAAUUUGGUGAACGCAAGACUAGCUCUACAUUUAGUAACACAAGUUUGCUUCUGAACAAAGCCAUUGCACAUCUGCUCCUCCUGGUACUCUCUGUCCUUACACUGUGAAUACUGCUCCAGAUACUAACACUGAUAACAGUACUUCAAAUACGUACUCUCUGACUACUGUCUUAAACACUUACACCAUUGACAGUGCUCCAAGAAACAUGGCUGACAAUAAUGCAGACACUAACCCUACUGACAGAAUCACUAGUUCUUCUGCUCAUGCCACAAUCAUUUCUACCUCAAAUGCAGGCUUUUACACUGACAUCAAUAACAGUAUUAUAGGCCCUUCCAUAAGUACUUGUAAUCAAGUCACAUCUGAUGAAACUCAGGAACCACCAAAUACUAAGAGUAUUUCAAGUUGUACUUCUGAGAAUGCUUGCAACACUUUCAUCUCAACUAAUGAUGGCCUCAGACCUUCUGAUGUUGGCAGCACUUCUGAAAACAAUCAUGGAGAAACAGAGGCUAACAUGGGAGCUGGAGACAAUAAGCAGAUAUUAGGUGAAAACCAAAAGAAGAGUCAGUCGUCAAAUGCAUCACUGAAAGAACACAAUACAGAGAACGGAACACAGCCAUGUUGUUUUGCCAUUGGAAAACCUGUGGUUUCUAAUAUUCAAACCCGAUCUGCUACUGUUUCAUGGACUCUGAAGAGUAAUGAAAAAUAUGAUAUUAAUUCUAUGUCAUUUGAAUUGGCACUGUACACCAGUGAUGAAAAUGGAAUCUAUGAAAACAUUUAUACUGGUGAUGGCGUUAGUGUAGCCCUACAAGAUCUACAACCUAGCAUGGUCUACUUUUUAAGAGUAACAACCAUGAGAGGUGCAGAACACAGAAGUGUGUCUGAAGUGGUUAGCUUCACAACACCAGGCUGUGAACCAGACCCUCCUCUUGCACCCACACUGAUCAGCAGAACCAAGAACAGCCUGAGUUUACAAUGGAAAGGUUCCAAUGAAAAUGGAUCUAAAAUAAGCAGCUUUCUUUUGGAAUGGGAUGAGGGUAAAGGUGAAGACUUCAAAAGUUGUUACAGUGGACGCCUGAAACAGCACACGCUAUUUAAACUGAACCCUUCAACAAAGUAUUCCUUCAGAUUAGCUGCCAAAAAUGACUUUGGCUGCAGUAAUUUCAGUGAAACAGCAGUCUUCUAUACAUCAGGAAAGGCGCCUACAGCACCACUUCCACCUAAGUUGAAAGAAGCAGGAAUCUAUAGUUUGUCUCUAGAGUGGUGUGCCCCAACAAACCCAAACCCAAAUGACACUCUUACUUAUGUGCUAGAGAUGGAGGAAGAAAACUUUGGAAUAGGUUUUAAACCUGCAUAUGAUGGAGAAGACCUCACCUGCACCGUACGAAAUCUGCAGAGAAAUACUACAUACAAGUUUCGGAUUUUUGCCUGCAAUCUGGAUGGAAGGAGUAAACCCAGUGGAGAAGUAAAAUAUACUACUCUUCCAGCUAGGCCUGGAUGUCCUAAAAAGCCAUACGUAGUGGGAAUGAUUCAUGCACACCAAGUGACAAUUGGAUGGGACUUGCCCAAAGACAACGGUGGAAUGAACAUUUCAAGUUACAGCCUAGAAGUUUGUGAAAAUUCAGAUGGGGCAAAUCUCUGGAAAAUAAUCUACAAUGGCACUCAACAGGAAUUUCUGUAUAAUGACCUCCAAGCAGCCACCACAUAUAAACUGAGAGUCUUUUGCACAUCACCUGCAGGCCAAAGCCGUCCUUCAGAUGUAUUGACAAUUCAGACGCCUACUCUUCCUCCCGAGUCUUGCCGUUCACAGCCCUUACGUGGUAAAACCAAGGGCAAGGAUGCCAACCUUCCUGACAAUCAUUCUGUUAAUGGGAAGCCGGAAGCACAUGUGCGUGGCAAAAAAGCAAAAGGUCCUCAUCAGGACAGAAAGGUGCACCCCAGCUCUGAAAAGAAAUGUGCAGCUGUGGAUACAGUUGGGGUUGGAAUGUUUGGAGGAACUGCAAAAGUGACUUCACCUGGAACCAUCCCAGGAAGGGUCCCUGUGUUACAAGAAGUUGAAAACAGAGUGCCUGCCAAGCUAUCAUCAACUUGCAUAGCUAUCCGCUGGGAGGAGCCAGACUGUCAUGGCUCUCCUAUCACUGGAUAUAACAUUGAAUAUGAAGAUAAAAAAAUCGUGACUGUCAAAAGAAUAACCGAGUAUGUUCUGAAAGAUCUACAACCUAAUACUACAUACAGAAUCAGAAUUCAAGCUAUCAAUCAUUAUGGACUAAGCCCUUUUAGCCCAUCAAUAAGAUGCAAAACCAAACCACUACCACCAGAGCCUCCACAGCUUAAUUGUGUGGUCUAUGGACACCAGAGUCUCAGACUCAAAUGGGGCACUGUCUCAAGCAAAAAAAAACUUGACUACUUUAUCAAUUACAACUUACUAAUGGAAGAUCGAUCUGGCAGAUUUUCUGUCAUUUACCGUGGGCCGGAUGUGACUCACAAAGUGCAAAAGUUGAGUGAGUAUACAGAAUACAAGUUUAAAAUCCAGGCAUGUAAUGAAGCUGGGGAAGGACCAGAGUCUGACAUCUACACUUUCACUACUACAAAGUCCCCACCCACUGCACUGAAAGCACCUAAAGUUCAUCCACUGAAUAACAACUGUUGUGAGAUCAAAUGGGAGUCUUUGGAGCCAAUUGAAGGUGAUCCCAUUAUUUACUGUCUUCAAGUCAACACUGGAAAAAAGGCUAAUCAGAUUUACAAAGGACCGAACACUUCCUUUUCCUUUUCCAACUAUCAUGCAAAUUCACGCUAUCGCUUCAAGGUCUGUGCAGGACGCCGAUAUGAAACCUCCAAUGGUCUUCAAGAGCUGUGGGGGCCAUAUAGUCCCAGUGCUCUUUUCUCAACUUAUAAGCAUCACUCCGGGCAUGGCAAAGGCAGUGGGGGUAAAGGAAAAGGCAAACACAAUGGGAAAGUGAGAAAGUACAGGAUAGGGUUCGCACUUAUUGCUAUUUUGUGUGCUGUUGCUAUUCAGUAUUUCCUGUUCAAAUAGUCAAUUAUUUAGAAGAAAAUAAAGCAAAUUAUAUCACAUUUAUAAAAUCUUAUAUAUAUCUUAAUGCUUAUUGAUAGAAAGUAGUAAGAGGAAAAAACAAAACAAACAAAACAAAAACAAAACAAAAACAUUAAAAAUAAACACAAAAAGCCCUACCUUUCAUUUUUAAAGUUUUUAUGAGGGUAGAAGAGAGAUUUCUAAGGUAACAAAAGUAUGUUAAAUUUUACCAUUUUCAUUGUUCUGUCAACAAACAUUGCCUUGUUAUGUAAAAUUAAGACAUCUGUGGAAACUUUCUGCCUUCACUUUUCAAGGUAAUGUUUUCAAAAAAUUUAGGACUAUGAAAUAACAACAGUAUUUUGGAUUUUAUUUUAGAACAAUGUAAGAAAAAUCACUUCUGUCUUUCCAUCCAUAUAACAUCCGUAUAAAGUAAUAAAAAUGUAUCUAGCAAACUGC